GUUCCUGAUUGGCUGAAAGUUCCAGGCUUGUUCUUUGAACGUUGUGACAUUUCCUUGUAAUAUUCAGGCAGGAGACCUGUUGACACCUGUUUCUGCGACCGUCUUAUCGAAAGGAGAAUGGCUGAUGCCGGUGGUGAUAAUAAUGACGUGCAGAGUGGCGAGGACUCCGUGGACGCCAGACGAUUCUUCUCCAAAAAGCGCGAUGCAGCAAAUGGUAGAACUCCGGAGGAAACGGACUCAGCCCCUCCCACCAAGAGCAGCAGCAGCACAGCUGGUUCUGACCCGUACCGCUACAACAUGAACUACCCCAGCAUCGGAAUCUGUUUGAUCAUCAACAACAAGAACUUCCACAAAAGCACCGGCAUGAAUGAUCGUAGUGGGACAGAUGUUGACGCUGCUUGUGUUGCCAAGACCUUUACUUCUCUGGGUUAUCAGGUCAGAGUGACCAAUGACCAGACUGUGUCUCAGAUGAAAAAGCUGAUGUCACUUGUGUCUGAGGAGGACCACAGUCAGAAGGCAUCAUUUGUCUGCGUGCUGCUCAGCCAUGGAGAUGAGGGAGUGAUUUAUGGCACCGACGGCUGUGAAAAGUUGGACACUAUGAUAAAGUACUUUAAAGGAAAUCGCUGUAGGACUCUGGUGGGGAAACCAAAGCUCUUCUUUAUACAGGCGUGUCGUGGUAGCACCCUGGAUGAUGGAGCGUUUCUUGAGACCGACAGCGUCCCAGAGCAAACAUCAGAGAAGAUUCCUGUGGAGGCAGACUGCUUGUAUGCCUACUCUGCCGCUCCAGGCUACUACUCAUGGAGAAACACCAGCAACGGCUCCUGGUUCAUUCAGUCGCUGUGUGAAGUUUUGCAGGAGUUCAGUGGAAAGCUGGAGCUGAUGCAGCUCAUGACCCGAGUCAACCGCAAGGUGGCGCUGAACUUUGAGUCUGCUUCCAACAUACCUGGAUUCAGUGGCAAGAAGCAAAUCCCCUGCAUUGUCUCAAUGUUGACCAAAGAGUUUUACUUCAUGUUAGAUAAAGAUUAGUCCACUUUUAUCUACGUGUGGGAAGCUGAGUCAGAAGUUGGUGUGCUGGUGAUGCCAGUUUUUCCUGAUUUCUGUUCUCUGGUCACAUGCUAAAGUCUUAAACUGCAUGCUUGAUACACAGCAGGAUAGCGCUCAUUUUAACAUGACCAUAAGGAGCACUAAUUCCGUCAGUAUUAGGAUAAAAGGGAACAGAUCAGUGAGCGUACUGUCUGUUAUUUUAUGAUUUCAAUGGUGGGUUUUUCAGGGAAACUUUUGGUCUGACUUUUCAUGAUGUGUUACAGAAAACACACAAAGAGUUGUUGGGACAUUUUCAGGGAUGCCUUUUUACACUGCUUCACUCAUAAUAAUGUAACUUCUAGGUUUUAGUAGGUAAAUAUGUACUGUACAUUUACGGAUCAAACAAUGAUUAUAACACUCAACACUGGUCUAGUGUUUACUAGUUUUUGAAUGCAAUAAAUGCACAAAGUAUACUGGAGGUAUAAGAAAUAAAUAAUUCAUUAAAACCA